CCCACAAAUGUCUCUCUCUCUCUCUCUCUCUCUCUCUCUAACUUAUCCCUGAAAGCACUCCUCACUCUAAAUUCCCCCAAUUUUCGUUACCCACGGAUUAAGAAAAAAGCGUUUCUUGAUCUGCAAAUAAUUUUAUACUUACAGGCAACAAUUUGACUCAAGAAACAUACACUGUUUAGAAUACACAAAAAUGUCAGGUGGGGUUGGUCCAUCAAUCGACAUAGGUCUCCCUAAAGAAAAAAUUCAAGAACCAGACAUCAACAAGAAAACCACCUCACAGUCAAAGCCCACAAAAAAUCCUCAAACUCGCCGAGGUUUCUUCACUUUCAGACAGCUUAAUGCACUCGCAGUAAUCAUCGUACUCUCUGCAAGUGGCAUGGUAAGCAUUGAGGACUUUGCUUUUGUAAUCUUCUCAAUAAUCUACAUGUAUUUCAUGUCAAAAACUGCAUUUCCGGCCACAUCCUCCCUUCCCCAUCCUCGAGUAUUCGGAGAAACUAACAAAAUCCUUAGUAUUUACGUGUUUUUCGCGGCCGUGAUCGGAUUAUUCCUUCCCAUAGUAUAUAUUUUUGAGGGUAUAUUUGAAGGAGACAAAGAGGGGAUCAAAGCAGCAGCACCCCAUGUAUUUCUUUUAUCUAGUCAAGUUUUCAUGGAAGGGGUUUCCUUUUCGGGAAACUUUUCAUUACCUAUUCGUGUUUUCGUCCCGGUUUUUUACAAUUCGAGAAGGAUUUUCACCAUUGUUGAAUGGUUGAGAAGUGAAAUUUCAAAGGUGGAAGCUGAAUAUGGUGGGAGCAGUCGAAGACUGUACAUUGGGAGAGCACUUGCCAUUGCAAAUAUGGCCUUUUGGUGUUUCAAUCUGUUUGGAUUCUUGUUGCCUGUCUUUCUCCCCAAGGCUUUCAAGAUAUAUUACUCUGACAAGAAGAAUAAGGACUGAGUUUAAUAUUUGAAUGUAUUUGAUUCUGUUCAUUUUCUUCUCCAGUUUGCUGUAAUCUACUUAAUGAUCAAAUGUUUGGUGAAUAUAGGAUGUAAGCUGUGUGUUUUAUUUUGUUUUCUCGACUAAAUCUAUAAUAAAUUAAGGUUUUUGACA